UUAAAUUUGGUGAGCACCCCAGAUCUGGGUGUUAGCGGCUUAAUUCUCCGGCUCCGGCUUGAGAGAAACAAAUCCUAAAGCCAUAAUAUCAAAGUUGUACGAUGCUGGUUUUCACCUCCAACCUGCUCAAACCUUGCAGACCUUUGAGUUUGUUUCACGACUUCACUUCCAAAAUGCUCAUGUCUCAGUCCACCUCUAUCCCCAAAAAGCAGGAAAGGGUACGCGACCACGGUUUCGAUAACUACAUGGAAAUCGAGAAGAAGACCCGCAAAGUCCUCAAAUUCCAAUCCCUAAUCCUUUCUCAGCCAAGCCAAACGCUGCCCACCUCUCGUUUCGACUCUCUCGCUCGUCGCCUUGGCCUCGGUUUCAAAGAAAACGAAGCCGCCGCUUAUCUCCUCAAAUUCCCUCACGUUUUUGAAAUCUACGAGCACCCUGUUCUUAGAAUCCUCUUUUGCAGGCUAACCCGUAAGGCGCUUCUCCAAAUCGACAAGGAAAAAGAAGCCCUCAUUGCCCAGUUACCUGAUGCUGUCACCCGGUUAAGGAAGUUGCUUAUGAUGUCCAAUACGGGUCGUUUAAGGCUGGAACACGUUCGGAUUGCCAGGAAAGAGUUUGGGUUGCCUGAUGAUUUUGAGUUCUCGGUAAUUCUCAAAUACCCUGAAUUUUUUAGAUUGUUUGAUGCUCGAGAGACUAGGAAUAAAUACAUUGAGAUUGUUGAAAGAGAUCCUAAGUUAGCUGUCUGUGCUAUAGAGAGAGUUAGAGAGAGAGAGUACAGACAAAAAGGACUUGAUGCUGAGGAUAUUAGGUUCUCAUUUAUUGUGAAUUUUCCACCUGGGUUUAAGAUUGGUAAGUAUUAUAGGAUUGCAGUUUGGAAGUGGCAACGAGUUCCGUAUUGGUCGCCUUAUGAGGAUGUUUCUGGUUAUGAUUUGAGGUCAUUGGAAGCUCAGAAGAGAAUGGAAAAGAGGGCAGUAUCAACUAUUCACGAGCUGCUCUCAUUGACCGUGGAGAAGAAGAUUUCUUUGGAGAGGAUUGCGCAUUUUAGGAUGGCAAUGAAUUUGCCUAAGAAGUUGAAGGAUUUUCUGCUUCAGCAUCAGGGGAUAUUUUAUGUUUCGACAAGGGGGAAUUAUGGGAAGCUUCAUACAGUGUUUCUUAGGGAGGCUUAUAGGAAAGGGGAGUUGAUUGAACCAAAUGAUUUGUAUUUGGCGAGAAGGAAGUUGGGUGAGUUAGUUUUGCUUAGCUCUAGGAAGGCAAAGGUGGAGAAGGAUCUGGUUAGCUAUAGGAGGGAUAGGGAAGUUGAUGACAUUUUGUGUGUUAGACCAGACUAUAUGGAAAACGACUUCGAAGAUUUCAGGGCUGAGGAUGAAAUUGAGCACAAUGAGAAAGGAAAAGAUGGUUUAGAUUCAGAUUUAGUUUCUGAUAACAUAGAUGAGAAUGAAGUUAUGGAUGAAAAGGAGGAUAUUGUGUAAGAGAAUAACAAGACUGAUUUUUUUCAGUUAGUCAUUUUACAAUAUUGAUGAUUGAAUUCUAGACUUGAGUUUGAAUUGCUGAUUAUGAAAAUUUAUCCUUUAAACCAGACCCAAUUUGAACGCCAUGAAAAUGUAAUUCUUAGACAAGAAAAUGAUAAACUCUGUGCUGAGAACGACUUGUUGAAGCAGGUUGUGACUGCCCCAGUAUGCAAUGUAACAAUUGUGGUGGUCCUGCAGUGCCUAGUGAAAUUAUCUUUUGAACAACACCUAGGAUUGAGAAUGCUCGGUUAAAAGAUGACUGAGCUGGAUAUGUGCUUUAACAAACAAGUUCUUAGGCGGGCCUCUCUCGUCCUCGGGGAGUCAUAUUCCUUCUCACGGAUUGAACACCAAUUUUGGAGCUUGCAGUUGGAAGGAAUGAUUUUGGUGGCAUGAACAAUGCAGGCACUACAUUGCUAAUGGGAUUUGACUUGGGCGAUGGCUCUAUGAUGCCCUUUGUGAAACAUGUGGUCAUGAAAUGCAAUAUGACAGGUCAGCUUUUGUUGAUAUUGCUUUGUCAGCUAUAGAUGAAUUAACUAAGACGGCUCUAUGAUGUUGCCUAGAUGGUGGGAUGGAAUCCUUGAACAUUGAGUAGUACAGGACUUUCUCCUCUAGCAUUGGUAUGAAACCGAGCGGCUAUGCAACUAAGGAGGCUACAUGGGCCACUGGACCGGUUUACCUCCAUGGCUUGGCUCUUGUAGAAGCAUCGAUGGAUGCGGCCAUUCACUUGUUCAGUGCCUUCAUUGGCCUAUUGAACUUCCCAUCAGCUAUUGGGAUUUGAUUGUUUGUUUUGUUCUUUUGAGGCCUUUGGUAUUAGACUUUGAUGAAAUUGUACAAACCAUGGUUGAUAGUGAAAGAAACAAAUUAAACAA